AUGUUUGCCGGCAAUUUCUACGAACAGCAAGAAGGAGCAGCCAUGGGCAGCCCUGUUUCCGCAGUAAUCGCUAACUUGUUCAUGGAAGCUUUUGAGGAACGCGCGCUGAGUAUUUGCCCGCCCGACUGCGCCCCUAGAGUUUGGAAGCGAUACGUAGAUGACACGUUUAUUAUCACGCAUAGAUCCGCCGCCGAUGACCUUUUGAGCCACAUGAAUUCGCAGCAGCCAUCCAUCCGUUUCACUAUGGAGAUGGAGUGCAACGAGCGCAUUGCCUUUCUAGACACUAUGGUGCACCGGGACACCAGCGGCCGAUUGUACACCACCGUAUACAGGAAGCCCACGCACACCGAUCAGUACAUUGCUUAUGAUUCGCAUCACCCGAAGUCCGUUAAGCGCGGUGUAGUGAAGUGUCUUUAUGACAGAGCUUCACGCAUCGUUACUAAGCCCCAUUGCACAGCUACAGAGAAGCAACACAUCACCUCGGCUCUUAUUUCUAACGGUUACCCGCGCUCCUUCGUUAACCGCGUUGCUAAGAAGAAGAGCGCUCCGUCUGAACAGCCUGCGCAAUUUAAAUCCGCUAUAGUAAUCCCAUUUGUUGAUGGUAUCGCGCAUCUUCUCCGCCGGCGCUUGGAGAAGCAUGGCAUCCGAGUUAUAUUCAAGUCCGACAGCAUCCGCAGCCAGCUGGUCCGUCCGAAAGACCGCCCGAUCCCCGACAGAUGCGAUGGGGUUGUUUAUAAGAUCCCAUGCUCGACUUGCGACAAAGUCUACAUCGGUGAGACUGGUAGACCUGUGGGGGAACGCAUGAAGGAACAUCGCCGUGAUGUUCGGCUUAGGCGCACUGAUAGCUCUGCUGUUGCAGAACAUGCUUGGGACUCCGAUCAUCCACCUAACUGGGAUGAGGUCAGCUGCGUUGCUCAUGAUAAGCAUUGGUAUACGCGGCGCGUUAAGGAAGCGAUUCAGAUCCGUUUGCACCCGAGCAAUAUCAAUAGGGACAGCGGCAUUGAGAUCCCUGAUGCAUGGUUACCGGCCAUCCGACGGCAUACUGCAUCCACCGUUCAGAGCGCACGGCGCCCGCACCAGCAGGUGCCUGACACCAGCGCAGAUGCUGAUUGGCCGGCCGCAUCGGCCAAUCACAGCGCACGGUGCACGCUCCAACGGGCACCAAGCACCAGCGCGGACCCUGAUUGGCCAGCGGCUUCGGCCAAUCACAGCGCGGCUCACGCCCGAGUGGAGCCAGACAAUAGCUCCCGACGCUAUAUAACCCGUGCGCAGCAGCGUCUUUGCUCAUUGCCUGACGAAGUCUAG